GACAGAGUCAGGUGUAUGGUCAGUGUGUGGUCAGCAGGGGGGACUGGAGUUUUAUAAUAGGGGAAGCUCUUAUGUGUCUGUUACUGAAGUAUAAAUCUCUCUGUGUUCUGGUUUAUAUAUUUUAUCUCUUCAGCUGGGGUUAUGAUUUAGUUCAGUUUUUUAGUAUCAAAAGACUUUUUCCAAAAUCAGAUUAAUAUAAGUGACAACUAUCUCAAACACACACUCUCUUCAGUUCCUCUACACUGCAGUGACAUCAGGAAUACAUUUCCCAGAGUUCACUGCUGUUGGUCUGCUGGAUGGACAGCGGAUUUUAUAUUACGACAGUAACAUCAGGAAGAUGAUCCCAAAGACAGAAUGGAUGAAGAAGAUCAGCGUUGAUGAUCCAGAUUACUGGAACAGAGAGACAGAUAAGCAGCAGGAUGAACAGAACACCUUCAAAUUCCACCUGAGUUCUGUAAUUCAAAGUUUUAAUCAGACUGAAGGGAUUCACACACUCCAGAGGAUGUACGGCUGUGAGCUCUAUGAUAACGGCACCACCAGAGGAUAUGAUCAGUUCGGUUAUGAUGGAGAAGAUUUCAUCACUCUGGACCUGAACACUGGAACCUGGACUGCAGAAAAACCACAAGCUGUGAUCAUUAUAAAGGAGUGGGAUCCUACAGGAUAUGAGGCUAAGAAGCAGAAGAUCUACCUGGAGAAAGACUGCAUUGAUUGGAUGAAGAAGUUUGUGUCUUACGGCAGAGAGACUCUGGAGAGGAAAGAUCAUGUUGGCACCAAAUAGUGACGUUAUCUCCAGCUUCUGCCUCCAAAGUUAAAGAGCAACACCUGCAACACAGAAAACCCUCUACUUUAUCAU